AAAACAGGAAACAUGGAGACUUAGACAUGACAACACCAGCUUACCAGACCUGAAACACAUGACAGCCAAGACAAGAAACCAAACAGAAAAACAAGACAGAUGAUAAGUAAUGGUGUCAGGCGCACAUAAACAGAGGAUAUGUCUGAAGAGGCAACGGAAGCCAAUCGUCUCGUGCACGAGUGAAAAUGAAAGCAGAGAAUGAGACUUUGGCUCUGUCCUGACCGGGAUCACUGAGACUGUCUGAGUGAAGGUGAAAUGCAGUAGCUGGAUUUGGCAACAGAAGGACGAGCCAGUAGGAGUGAGACCUCCCUCGAAGUGGGUUAAAGAUGGCGACAUGCAGAGAUGACGAGUGGGCAAAAAACAUAUAUCCUGUGACUAAACAAUCCAAGUCUCAUCGCAUCGCCCUGAUGAUCAAUAAUAUAAAGUUUCAUAACAACAGCUCGGACAGACAUGGAGCUGAGAAAGAUGACUGGGUCAUGUUCAAUCUGCUCCAAAGUCUGGGAUACCAGGUGGUGCGUUAUAAUAACUUGACUGGAAAGCAGAUUGAUGAUGCUCUUACUCAGUUCUCGCAGCAUAAAAAACUCACCCACACAGACAGUGUGUUUGUGACCAUCAUGUCUCAUGGAGACAUGGGAAUUAUCUCUGGCACUGACAGUGAGGAGUUUGAAACUGAGAAAAUUUUCCAAUGCUUAAACGCAAAGAACUGUCCAGCACUGGUGAACAAACCGAAGAUCAUCAUCAUUCAGGCCUGCAGAGGAGCUCAGAAAGGAUGGGUGGAUUUACAGUCUGUGCGCACAGAUAACAUCAGAGCUCCAUCAGAAAACUUUACCAGAGCUGCCAGAGUUCACAUCGAAAAGGACUUCAUCUGUUUUCAUUCCAGCACUCCUCACACAGUUUCAUACAGAUCAACAUCAGAUGGUUCUUUUUUUAUCCAAACACUUGCUGAUGUGUUCAACAAAUGGAGCCACGAGUAUGACAUUGAAGAACUGUUCAGAAAAGUCAUGCAGCACUUUGAAGCUUCCUCCUCUGACUGCAUGCAGAUGCCAACAAAGGAGAGAAACACUCUGACAAAGCGCUUCAACCUGUUUCCAGACAGAAUUUCAGUCAUCAUUUUUGGCAAAGGGGAGUUGUUGAAGAAAGCUCUAAUAACCAACAUCCUGGGCAAAGAUUUAUCGGAGCUAUCCAACAAAAAGUUUCUCACAAACACAGAAAUAUAUGAAAAUCAUACAUAUGAGUUCAUAUGUACUCCAGACUUGAACACACAAUGUGAAUAUAUACAGUACUUUUCUAAAGUCCCACCCCCUGACAUGUGCUUGGUGGUAGUUGCGGAUGGGUUUUCAGAUAAAGAUGUGCGGCAACAGAUAGACGAUCUGAGCAAGAAAACUGGAAAACCUCCAGAAGUGUUCACAGUGGUGCUGCCUUUGAGAUACAAACCAGGAUGUUACUCUUUCAAAUCCUGCACCAUUCAGCAGGCUUUCAGUGAACUGGACAAACUGGCUGCAGACAGAGGACUGACUCUCAUCAGCAUGAGAAAUGCUGAUUAUUUUGGGGCCCACAAUAAAAUGGAGAACAAUAGAAAGCUCACCAGCACCAAAGUGAACCUUGUUCUUCUGGGAACAGGCGGGACUGGAAAGAGUGCCAGUGGAAACACCAUCCUUGGAGAGAAAGUCUUCAUGUCUAAAUUCAGUCCAAUGCCAGUCACUGCAGAGUGUCAGGUGGCAGAAACAGUGAUAAAUGGCAAACAUGUACGUGUGAUUGAUACUCCAGACAUGUUUGAUGGUUUCAUUGAAGCAUCAGUCACGGACAAACAUGUAAAACAGUGCAAACAGCUCUGUGAGUCAGAACCCUCUGUGUAUCUCCUUGUGAUGCGUGUGGGCAGAUGUACAGAACGUGAGAGACGCAUACUGAAAAUGUUAGAAAAAUCUUUUGGGAACAAAGUUAGUGAACAAACAGUCAUCCUGCUCACAUGGGGAGGCGACCUGGAGUGUGAAGGAAUGAGCCUGGAGAAUUUGUUUUCCUUACAACCUACGCUGAAGGAAAUAACUGAAAAAUGUGGCAACAGGUGUGUUGUUUUUGAGAACAGAGAAUCAGAUUCAGAUCAAGUGAAAAAAUUGAUGGACACCGUGGUCAGAAUGUUAGAAAAAAGGCAGAAAUGAUAACUUCGUGUAUCAAAUAAGGGUAAUAAAGGGCCUGCAGUUAAUUUCUCAAACUAUAAACAGGUAGAGCAUGAAACAAUGUUCUGAAGUAUCCAGUCAACAACUAAUCAGGGGCUUAGAUAUUUGUGGAUGAAGUAUUUGUAGAAAAUGGUGCAUGAAUUUUGUGUUUGUUAAACUAAAUCAUUCAUGUUAGAGACUUUAAUAAAAGAAGUCUGUUAUAUUUACCUUGUUUGUUUGACAGUAUAAAGUUUAACUUCAAAUAUCACAGACCUUUCUCCUGAAUCUGAACUAUUUUCAGACAUGAUUUGAUGUUUUAAAUUAAACACCCUUCAAACACACGUGGGCAGCUUUUUAAGGCACAUUUCCUGAAACCUUGCAGCUUUUUUCUCAAAACUGCACUUACUGUUCACAAAAUGACUGGUGCAUCUGGUAAAAGAAGCAGAGAUAUUUAAUUAAAAAUAAAAUGGAAUAAAAAUGGAAAAUCGCAAAUUAAAAUGUAGAGUUCAGAGCUUUUAUCUCAGAUGUUUUACGAUAGAUUUAAUGCAUAAUUUCAUUUUCCAGUGAAAUAUUCACCUGCUCAGUAAAAUAGUUUAUUGUAUACUGUUAGUAAAGGAAGUGAUGUGCAUAGAGUGGAUUAAACACUUGCAUAUGAAAAACAAUACUAAAAAGGCAAAGGAAAAUAGAGGAUUCGAAUUAAAUCAACAAUGUAGUAAACUGCAUUGUUGAAGUGUCAUCAUUGCCUCUGCAAUGACAAUGCAGAUGUUGAUAAUCUCAGUACAAUAUGAAACCUUUGCUUGUGAGUCAGUGAUCACACAAUAAAUAUAAAGAGACAGUGUAGAAGACCUUAGCAUGAGUCAAAGAAAGAUAAACCUAUGGCUUUUUCUAAUGAAAAAAGAAAGAUGGGAUACGUUCAAUUAGUGGAUUACGCAUUAUAAUCAACUGAAAUGUGUGUGUGAAUGGGUGGAUGACUGGAUAUGUAAAGCGCUUUGGGGUCCUUAGGGACUAUUAAGGCGCUAUAUAAAUACAGGCCAUUUACCAUUUACCAUUUUUGAUAUACUCUUCUGUAUAAGGAGUACUUUUAUUUUAGGUAAAUCACUACUCCAUGAAAUUCCGUUACUUGAUAUAAGUUACUAGCUACUAGCCAAUGAGCAAGUGGGAAAAUUCUUUUUUGAAACAUGGUAUGGCCAAUAUUAAUAGAAUAGAUUUACCUUUUUAUUCAGCCAAAAAUGAGUUUCUAAGACCAAAAAGGCAGCAUUAAAAUGUUUACAGCAGUGUUCCUCAAACUGGGGUCCACAAAAACAUGAAGUAGUACCUGGCACGUAGCGGCAUGUGAAUACAUGUGCAUCAUCUGGUUUGAGCUAAUUAGCACAAUGUAUUUAAGUCUGUCACAAUGCAAAAGUCAAACCAGCUAAAAUUAGAAAGUAUGACCACAGUUACCUCGAGUUUGGCUUAAUGGAGAAUGACGAUGUGCGUUUUCAAGUGUUAGCAAAUGAACUAAUGAAGUAUCUCAUCACAAAGCACUCGGAAUUUAAAUAUAAAACUUUAAAAGAUCUUUUGGGGUCAGGAUUACCUGAGUCAGAAAAAACUAAUGGUGGACCUGACAACAACUUCAGAAAGAUCUCAGAGGCCUUCGUAUCUGGCUCAGCUCAUCACAAAAAUAAGAAGUCAAAGUUAAUUGGACUGGACCUUGUGCUUCCAGCUACAGUGGACAUGUGUGAAGGUCUACUUGGCACAGAUGCAGCUAAUUAAUUGAAAGCUGUGCCGCUUUCAGAUGAUGCAGUGAGGAGGAGAACAAAAAAUCGUCUGACAUUCAACAACACUAACUGGACAGACUGCAUUCAUUUUUUUCCCCUCUUCAAAUAUUUUUAUUGUGAAGCACAAGUGACAAUUACAAAUUGCCCCAGAGGCUGACAUUGCUUCAUUUUUAUAUUUUUAUCACCAAGAAAGGGGAAAAACAAGCAAACAAACAAAAAACAAAACAACAACAAAAAAAAAAAUCAAAACACAAAACUAAGACAGUGGAAAAUACCAGAAAGGGCAGCAUAAAAAAAAAAAACACCCCUCCCUCCCCACACCAUUCCUUUAUCCCAGAGGGCUAUCAGCUUGUUGUAACCUAUGGUAAAGUCCACAUAGUACCUCUCAUUUCUUCAUAAUUUCCAGAUACUCGUGCGCUCCCCCGGGUGAGGAAAGUAGUCGUGGUAAGCCAAUCACAUGACCACUUUAAGAUGACAAAGCAACAAGGUGAUAUAUACCAGUUUUUAAAUUGUGUUGAUAGGCCACGUAAAACCAGAGUCAUGAUAAACAAGAUAUACGCGGAGUUUUUUCCUGAAUAGUUUCGUCAUGUUUAACGUCUAAGGACAGUGCUAGCAAGCACUCUCUGCUUAUGACCAAAAAGUAAAAAAAACAAAACAAAACAACAGCCCUUUCGUGUUGCUGGGAAAAUGCACCAUGUCGACCAAUCAAAAAUAAUAUGGCAACAUGACAUUCGAUUGUUUAGGUAGAGGGUGAAGUUU